UUUUUUUUUUCCUUCCCUCUUAACUCAUUUAUGGGCGAGUCAAGGCUGCUGAGGAGGAAAAAAACAGGAUAGUUAGAAUCUCUUUAUCCAUAUUCCCCAGAAGCUUUUUCUCUCAUUGCUGUGCAUUUCCUUUAGAAAAAGGAAACCUCUUAUUUUGUGAACCAAAGAUUUAUUUUUUCCCUUCCUCCUGGCCAAAGGAAGGAAACGGACACAAAUUGACACAUUUAAAUAGUUGAAGAGAUCUAUCUUUUGCAAAAAACAAACAUCUUUAUCCAAAUCUAAAAUAAAUAGCGUGGAGGGAGAAACUGGAAUAUCUAGCUAAGAACAGGAUACUUACUAAUCUCCCCUCGGAAGAGGACGAGGUAAACACUAAACAUCAACUUGUUCUUACAGGGAGGAUUCAAACCCUAAAUAUAAUAAAUGGGGGAUUACGGGUUUGGAGUGCUAGUGCAAAACAAUACUGGAAAUAAGUCAGCUUUUCCAGUCAGAUUUCAUCCACAUCUGCAGCCUCCGCACCAUCAUCAAAAUGCAACCCCCAGCCCUGCUGCUUUUAUAAAUAAUAACACAGCUGCCAAUGGCAGUAGUGCUGGGUCAGCUUGGCUCUUUCCUGCUCCAGCUGCCCAUAAUAUUCAGGAUGAGAUUCUAGGGUCAGAAAAAUCUAAAACUCAGCAACAGGAAAAGCAAGAGUCCCUAGAAAAACAGCAGCUUUCCCCUGGUCAAAGUCAGGAAGCAGGCAUGCUCUCUGAACCUGAGAAAGCUAAAACUGAAGAAAAUCAGGGCGAUAAUUCUUCAGAGAAUGGCAAUGGAAAAGAGAAAAUAAGAAUAGAAUCGCCGGUGUUAACAGGAUUUGACUAUCAAGAGGCUUCGGGGCUAGGUACUUCGACGCAGCCCUUGACAUCCACUGCAUCUUCUCUGACUGGUUUUAGUAACUGGUCUGCAGCUAUAGCUCCUUCUUCUUCUACAAUAAUCAAUGAAGAUGCAAGUUUUUUUCACCAGGGAGGGGUCCCUACUGCCUCAGCUAAUAAUGGUGCUCUGCUGUUUCAGAAUUUUCCACAUCACGUCAGCCCUGGCUUUGGUGGUAGCUUUUCCCCCCAAAUUGGACCCCUCUCUCAACACCACCCUCAUCACCCCCAUUUUCAGCAUCAUCACAAUCAGCAUCAGCAACAGAGGAGGUCUCCUGCAAGUCCUCAUCCACCUCCAUUCACACACAGAAAUGCUGCUUUUAAUCAAUUGCCUCAUUUGGCUAAUAAUCUUAAUAAGCCACCUUCUCCAUGGAGCAGCUACCAAAGUCCAUCGCCUACACCAUCUUCAUGGAGCCCUGGUGGCGGUGGAUACGGUGGGUGGGGUGGGUCCCAAGGUCGAGACCACCGCAGGGGACUGAACGGAGGGAUAACACCCCUGAACUCCAUCUCACCCUUAAAGAAGAAUUUUGCAAGUAAUCAUAUCCAGUUGCAGAAAUACGCUCGACCCAGCUCAGCCUUUGCUCCAAAAUCGUGGAUGGAAGACAGUUUGAAUAGAGCUGACAACAUUUUUCCUUUUCAGGAUCGCACAAGGACUUUUGACAUGCAUUCACUGGAGAACUCGCUAAUUGACAUAAUGAGAGCUGAAAAUGAUUCACUGAAAGCUAGAAUGCAGCUUGUGUUUCACAUCCCCAGUACUAACAGAAUCCCUGCCUUGAGGACAAGGACAUAUGGGAGAAGGCGAGGUCAGUCUUCACUGUUUCCAAUGGAAGACGGGUUCUUGGAUGAUGGACGUGGGGAUCAGACUCUGCACAGUGGUUUAGGAUCACCUCACUGCUUCUCCCAUCAGAAUGGAGAAAGAGUGGAACGGUAUUCCCGAAAAGUCUUUGUCGGCGGACUGCCACCAGAUAUUGAUGAAGAUGAGAUCACUGCUAGUUUUCGUCGCUUUGGACCUUUGAUUGUAGACUGGCCACACAAGGCAGAGAGCAAAUCUUAUUUUCCUCCUAAAGGAUAUGCAUUUUUGCUGUUCCAAGAUGAAAGCUCUGUACAGGCACUGAUUGAUGCAUGUAUUGAAGAAGAUGGAAAGCUCUAUCUUUGUGUUUCCAGCCCCACUAUCAAAGACAAACCGGUUCAGAUCCGGCCUUGGAACCUUAGUGAUAGUGAUUUUGUUAUGGAUGGUUCACAGCCUCUUGACCCACGAAAAACCAUUUUUGUUGGUGGUGUUCCUCGGCCUUUACGAGCAGUGGAGCUUGCAAUGAUAAUGGAUCGGCUGUAUGGAGGGGUGUGCUAUGCUGGAAUUGACACAGACCCUGAGCUGAAGUACCCAAAAGGAGCUGGGCGGGUUGCAUUUUCUAAUCAACAGAGUUACAUAGCUGCUAUCAGUGCUCGCUUUGUUCAGCUGCAGCAUGGAGAGAUAGAUAAACGGGUGGAAGUUAAGCCAUAUGUCUUGGAUGAUCAGCUUUGUGAUGAAUGUCAGGGGGCCCGUUGCGGUGGAAAAUUUGCUCCAUUUUUCUGUGCUAAUGUUACCUGUCUGCAGUAUUACUGUGAAUAUUGCUGGGCUGCUAUCCAUUCACGCGCUGGCAGGGAAUUCCACAAGCCCCUGGUGAAGGAGGGAGGAGAUCGCCCAAGACAUAUUUCAUUCCGCUGGAACUAAAUGAUCACUGCAGUGCUCAUAUGCAGGCCUCAAAUUAAGUGCACUCUUCUGUUAUCCUGAUUGUCCCUACCCCACCCUACCCCUUCUCUUAUUCAAGAUAGCAUGUCCUUUUGUAGUAGUCUGUAAUUUAACAAUAGUAUAAUGAAAGAAUGACCUAUAAUAUGGGUAUUUUGUAGAAUCUUGUCAUUGAAAACUGUAUUGGGAACUCCUUUUCGUAUUGGUAACAUGUUGCAAGUGAGUUGCAUUCUCUUGUCUUUACUACCGAGAGAACACUUAAUUUCGUGCAACAUUUUCUUAGAGGAGAGAAAAAUAUUAAGAAAAGAGAAUUGAAACAAUAGAGUAUUUUGUUUUUUUAAUUAAAUUAUUGUUAAUAAAGAACGUAAGAAUACUUUUAUUAAAAUAACCAUGUAACAAUAACACUAUCAGUCUGUUCUGACACUUUUCCCCAGGGAAGCCUGUUUUUGCCUCUCUUUUUGUUUCGACUUAGGAUUUUUCCAGCAACAGAUGAAGUUAGCAUUUACCUACCAACAGGAAAGAGCAUGUUUAAAGCAACAAAAAUGCAUGAGCAAAGUUGAAGCAGCAUUAUAAUAACAGUCUUCUUUUAAAAAUCUGUUAAGGGUUUUGAGGCUGAAAUUUAACUCAGUAUGUAUCUGACUGUGCCUCUGACUAGCACCCACAUCCAAAUUACUAAUGAGAUAGGCAGAGCUUACUAUAUUUUCAUCAAAAUGAUUGCAUUUUAAGAAUUCCUGAAUGUAAAAGUUGAGUAAAGUUACUACUGAGGGGGGAGUGCACUUUUUUUCUUUAAGAGAACUCAAUUGUCUGGUUACAGCCCUAGAAAUCCUACCAAAGCUAGAGUAAUGACAACUAGUUAACUGGCAUUUCCUCUCCUGAAGGGUAAAUAUAUAGAUUUUAUUUUUGAUGGCUAUAUAUAACUCUAUAUCCUAAUAUACUAACAUUCAUCAGGGGCCAGCCUUUGCUCUCCAUUUUGACGUGAAAAAGUAGAAAACCUAAAGAUACCUCAAGGAUAUCGCUGAUUUUUACUGAAGUUUUGAUAUGCCAUUGUGUCACACAAACUAAAAUUGGCUGCUUAUUCGUUUCCCAUCUUGGAUGUAAAGUUAGUUUUAAAUAUCCUCUAACUUAGUUGUAACAGAAGGCAUGAACCUAAGUAGUUUCCAAGUCUUGUUUUGCACUAUUUUCUGAAUUUGUGCAUGAAAUGGUGCAAGUGUGCAUAUGCCUUUCUUACUCUUCCUGUAGAAAGAAUCCCAACUAAGAUUCCACCUCUUCAGAACUCAAUAUGGGGAAAUAAAGAAACACAGGUAUUUGAAGUGCCAACAUUGCUAAGUUAAUGCCUGCUUUAUUAUAAAUAAGUUCUACCUUGAGAAGCAUUAACACAGUACAUGUUAAUUGAAUGAUAAAGAGUGGGUGCAGGGGUUUAGUGUGAAAUAGUUGAAUGAAGGAGUAGUUCUGAAAAUUAUUUUUAUUACUUUUGAAAUAAUGCCCUGGCCAACUUCUCAAAUGAUUAUUUAGCAGUGUGCAAACAAACAAAUUCAGUGGCAAUCUUCUGAACUUGCCUGAGUGGCAUGGUACCAUCCUAGAUUCUCUCAAACCAAAGACUUGCCUCAGCACUGCUUGGAAAACAUCUGCUCCGUUAAAAGCCUUUGUCGGCCCCCCUCAUCCCGUUCCCCCAGCCCAGAUUAUCUUUAUGAGAAGCAGUUUUUAUUUUCAAUACAGGCUUUAAUGAACUAUACCUUACCAAGUUCCAAAGGUCAAAAUGGAGACAUUUGCUGUCUACUAGUCAACUAUAGAAAGGGAGCUGCUUUUAAUGAAAUCCCUGAAAAUAUUGACAACAGUAAUGCAAAUGCAGAGUGCUCUUGUGUAGAUUGUCAGGGACUUUUUUUUCUCUGAAGUACAUAAUUAUAGUUGGAAUGUUCCUUUAAUUUUUUUAAUGCUUGUAGGUGGCUUGGGGUGUGCUAUUGUGCCGAUCCUACCCAGUAAACAGGUGAGAUGGGUUACCAUUACAAGAAAUAACACUGUUUGAGAACUAGCUUUGAAUAAUAAUUUUCCCUUUGUACAUGACCUGCUGAAUUUCGGUACAGUGUUUUUGUAGCUAACUUAUUUUGUCAUGCACAUAAUGUAUAUUUGUUAUGCACUACUUUUGUAUAUCUUGUUUUUCCAACAGUGAGCAUUUUUAGGCACACUUUUCACUGACGGGAUAUCUCUUUAUGCAAUACCUCAAUUUUUCAUAUUGCAAAGAGUAGCUUUUUGUACUUUUAUUACUGAGAGAUCUUCAUAUACUUCAUUUUUUAAUAUAAAUAAUUUUAAUAAAUUUUAUUUUCUUAUAUUCUGCUUUUUAUACAUUUCAGUGCUCUGCAUACAUUUUGAAUUAUGGAUGUUGUGCACUGGCAAUGCUAUUUUAGAAUCUGCAGAGAAAAGAAAGCAUGUUGCUUAAACAUCUUAGCCCAGCACCAGGUAUUUGGUGUACAUAUAAUUUAAGAAAUAGUAUAUGUAAAGUUGAGAAUUAAAGAAGAAAAGCAUGAAAGUGACAAAUGACACUGUCUUUAGACCCAUGAAAUUUAAAUGCAUAAAUAUAGUGUAGAAAUUUAAAAGUAAAGAAACAUCAAAAUUGUCUACCGCUUCUUACUAAGUUUUUAAAAAUUAUACACAAAUGCAGACGUUUUUGGUGAAUGUUUAGCCAUUUUUAAUAUUAAUAAAAAAUUGAUGUUAGGUGUUUGAUGCAGAAAUGUGUCUGCUCUUUUAAAUUAUAUUUAAAGAAUAAAAGAGAGCCUGCUAAGUGGCAGGCAUGUAAUGUUAGUAUGCAUGACUAAUGUAAGAAAUUGUUAUUCUACUAAUAUUCACUUGUGAUUGUGUGACAAGCGUGUUUACAGAUUAUUUGGUUACACUUCGAUUUACAGGGCAUAAACAAUUAUAUACAUUACUCUGUACUUAAAUAGUGAUUACAUGUCCUUCUGAUUACAUGGGAUUUGUAGUUGGGGUUACCAUGUAGCUCCAAACAUAAUUAACAUGUAAUUAGGUUACCAGUCUUAGGGUAUCACUUCAAUUUGCAAAGGGGUUAAUAAGCAUGUAGUUUUAUUACACUAGCAUGGCACUGGCCAUGUAUUUACAAUGUAGUUACAGAGUAAUUACAUGGUUAUUUUUGCAAUGUAAAAUAAAGUGUUUCUGAUUAUUUUGUAUGUAAAGGAACCCCACUGCCCCGUGCUUUUUGGUAUAGUAUAUACUUCUCCAUACACAGACCUCUGCAGAAUGCAAAUUUAAAACUUGCAGUGAAUGAAUUUAGCGUUUUAUAAGGAUGCUGUUGGAAAGACUUGAUAAUUCACCCCUUUUGUUUUUGAAGAGUUAAAACCUUCUGUUAAAAGGUGAUUUAAAACUUGAAUGUGAUGAAUUGUGGCAAGUUAACUUCAAGUUAUGUGCAAUACCUAUUUCAGACUUCUGGAAGAUCUUUGCAGUGUAAUUCUUUGUUUUUAAUUGCAGACAUUUAAAAAUGUCAUUUUCUACUGUUCUAGUAAAUCCUCUUUCUUGCUGGUGUUUCUAAAGAAAAGAAUCAGAAAUCAAUCUUUCUACUAAUGUAAAUUUGAGAUUAUUUUUAAAAAAUGGAAUAAAAGGUUUUGGUCAUUUGCUUUAUUUUAUUAUCUUAUUUUAAAGCUACUGUGAUAGCAUUGUAAGAAUUGGGACAAUAUUGUAUUCAACUGUUUUAUUUUUUAUAUUUUUAAAUUUUAAAGUAUAAUUAGUUUUUAUAAUUUUCAUCAGAUUUUUUUGUUAUAUUUUUUGGAAGUGAAACUUUUAGCAAGUGGGUGUCUAGUUUUUACUAAUCCCUAAUAUGUUUUUCCCCCAAUGUAUUGCUCAUAUUAUCAGAAGGAAAAGUUAUUUAAGUAUGUCAGUUAAUUGUACUACUUGGCUGAAUUUCCAUAUAGUUUUUACUGUGUAUGGGGAGGUUGUAGUAUUUAUUAUAGCAUUUUAAAUAAGGGUAAUUCAUUUUUUAUUAAAGUCAUUUUCACGUUUAAGUUCAUAUUUUUGUAUGUUCUACUCUAAGUUAUAUAACACAAGUUACUUUUUUUAAAGAGUUCAUUUGUUGAAGUGCUAGUGAAAAUUAAUGUUAUUAAAUAGUUUGCAAAUGACUAUUUAUACCAGUAUGCAUAUAAUUUUUAAAUAUUUGUAAUGUGAGAUGUUGAAUGAAUAAAACUUUUAACUCAA